AUGAAUUUAAAAGAUAGGAAAGGGUUUAACGUUGGUCCAAUAAACACAAGUCUUCCUAAAAUAGCAUCAAAUAAAAAUCACACAACAAAGAUACAGACACUCAAAAGGUCAAAGAAAAGAUUAGAUGAAUUUGAUAAAGAGUCAGAUACCAGCGAGAAGGCAAGUGACCCUGUAAACUUGCUCAACAGCGUUAUGAGUUUGACUGAAAACGACAGAUUCUUGGUCUACGAUAUUCAAAAAUAGACUCAAUGACCAAAAGAAGGAUAAUAGUCGGCUUUCAGAAGUUCAUUUCAACUUCAAAUACCUGUCUAAACUUUGUACUGAGGCCAGGAAGGAGAACCAGAUACUGAGUGGGAUCAACAAGAAGCUCAAAGAAGAUAAUCAUAACCUAAAAAUAGACGUUGACACUCUCCAAUCCAGGGUAAAAAUACUUGGAGAAGCUUCAGUGCAGCUUGAAAACGAGAGAAAGCUGAACCAAGAAAAUAUAGAGAAAAACCAGUUCUACAAGCUUCAAAUUGAGACACUUCAGAAGCAGUAUGAUAAAAUGAAUGAUUACAUGGACAUUGAGACUCAAGUACAGAUUCAAAAGACUGAAAAUGAUAACAUUCGUAAGGAAAUUGAAAAGUUGAAGGACGAAAUUGAUACUAAAAUUAGUGAAAAUAAACGUUUGGAAGAAGUCAUCGAUACCAAAAAUUAGAGCCUAUGAUAUCCUGUUCAAAGAAAACAAAGCUAUUAGUUCCAAACUAAACAGGCUUGAGGCUGAUAGAGAUCGGCUUAAUAAUGACCUGAAGGUGAACCAAGAUAACCUAGACUUUAUAUCCACAAAUAAGGACAGAAUUUCUGACGAGAUCCAAUCUCUUAGAAAAGAAAUAGAGAAGCUUAAAGCCAGGCUGAAGGCAUCAACAGUUAAGGAGGUUUACCUCAACUCUAAAAUCCAAGAAUUACUUAGUGAAAAACAAAAUGAUGAUAUUACUAUUAGAGAGCUAAAAGAAAAGCUAAAUAACGGCAGUAGUUCUUUAAAUCGAGAGAUUUUACUCCUUAAACUGCAACUUGAUAAGACCCUAACUGAAAAGGAAACUAUGAGCAAUGAUUAUACUGAUCUGAAAACCCGCUUCGAUGCUUUUAGAGCACAAGAAGAUGAUAGUGCAAUAGACCAACUACAAUCAGAGAUCAAUAAUCUUGUAGAGAAGCUUGAUCAAGCUAGAGAUGAUUUGAAAGAAGCGAAGAAAAAUUAUGAAAAAGAAAUUAGAUCACAAAGAAUCCAGUACGAGAGAGAAAAGAAGUUUCUUCAAGAAGAGAUCCAGGAUAAUAAGUAUGAAAUUGACUCACUUAAACGACAACAGAGAAGAUUUACUGGUCAUAGUGAAGCGAGCGAUUACAAUGAUAUCGAUAACAACAUUCUGAGUUUAAAGAAGAAGAUUGAUGACGCAAUAGACACGAUUAGAUAAGCAGCCAAUUCUCAAAAAUGCAUCAGAACAGUUAACAGAGAGGUGUUUAUUUAAUGAAAAUAGCAUGAUUUCCUUCACAAAUAUAAAGGAAAUAGAGCGCUUUU